CGAGGAUUAUAGACGAGAUACUUGCAUCAACUAUCUACAACUAAUAAUAAACUAAUGCAUCUUAUUAAAGUUGAUUUUUCUUGAUCAACAAAUAUAACAUGGAUGGCUUCGUCAAGCGUCUUGAUUGGUACCGGCGUGUACCCAAGGACCUGACGGAGGCCUCAUUGCAUGGCGCUUUGGUUUCCGUGUCUACCAUCUUGAUCGCUUGCUACUUGCUAAUUUCCAAUCUCAUCGAGUAUCACACCUUACACACGCGGAGUGAGAUGUACGUGGACUCCGAUCGUGGUAACAAGCUGAAAAUCAACCUCGACAUCGUCUUUCCGAAAGUGCCUUGUCCAGCAUUGUCACUGGAUGCACAAGACGUGAUGGGCAGCCAUGAGCUGUCAACGGGCGGCAUGUUGCAUAAGGUAGCGCUGUCCAAAACAGGCGAAGUCCUAGAGAAGGAAGAAGUACAUGGGAAUCAUAUGACGGAAAGCGGGUUUCAUGGUCUCAGUCGACACAAUUGGAACCUUCUGCAUGACCAUGACAAAGACAGGCUAAAAGAAAAACUUCUGCAGCAAGAAGGGUGCAGAUUACAAGGCUCAUUAGAUUAAGGCUUAUACUUACUACUUUUCGUUUUUUCCAAUUCCACAUCAAUCGCAUCACUAACAAUCAAAGAAAUAACAUUCCUGACUUUUAUCUCCUAGUGGGAAAGACAGUCGUGAGAGUGAUCAGGGAUGUAGUUCUUCUAAAGAAUACAUGAGUCAAUCUGUGAUCGCGCAGGCUCAUCUUCUAACAAGGAGUGAAUCGCGUGCCAGGCAAUAUCCACAUAUCAACGAGCAGCGGUAUUCUUUUCAACGGUAUGCCUUUUCCUACUUUGGGCGGCGAUAUGGAUGACAUAUUUGGUCGAGGACCAUGGAGAGGAACUGGUACGGACAGCGCUGAUAAGAAAAUUAAGGAAACUACAACGCAGGUGAGUAGAAGAAGUGCAUCCUUAAUAACAAUGCCAUCAUAAUUCAUUGGCUUCUAUCUUCAGAUAGUAUCUUGUUUUCAAGAACUUCUGUAGAGAAUGAAAAAAGCCAAGAAUGCUACUUCGUUCAUCUAGGGAUGUUACUUCACCAGCUGCUCUAAGUAGAAUAAGGCUGCUUCAUCUUCAUCAGCUUCACCAUCUGGAAAGAACAAAAAAACAAAUGAAGAACUCUUCGCUGAACUGUCUGAGGGAGAGAAGGUCCAGCGAUUGCAAAACCUAGACUUGGAACAUGAAGUUUUGCAUCUUAGUUUCGGAGAUGAUCAGGACGUUUCUUGGGUACGCGAUAAUUUCCAAGCUUCUGGAAUUCUGAGUCCUCUCGAUGGCCUGAAAAGGACCGUAGAUCGGAAGAAGUUCUCGUCGCUACCCCACUGGAGAACGCAUAUGUCUGCCGGCAUCUCAAUAAUGAUGACGUCAGAUCAUGAUUCCGAGUCAUCGUCCUCAACCUCGUCAACAACUCUAGCAGGAGAAACGUCAACAUCCUCGUCAAGUGCUACCGCAACUAUCGAUAGAGUAAACACAGUGCCAGCAGCAACGAUUUUCGAGUAUUACUGCAAUGUAGUGCCAACCACAUACGAGCGGGAGAGUGGAGAGUUGCGACACGUCUAUUAAGGCUCAACUUUCGUUGCUCAUUGUUUGAGAUUGGUCACUGACUUCCGAAGAGGAGACUCCUGCAGAGAACAGGGAAAAACUAAGGGAAAAAGGGCGAAGCUCUGUUAGGGGCCGCGUCCCUUCAGCAUCAGUGACCACUGCGUGCCGACCUUUAAGUCUAUCAGUUCACUGCAAAUGGGAACACACUACAAAACACGCACGCGCCAGGUCUGUAUUUAAGGCAUGAUCCAUAAACCCAUCUUCUGCUUGUACGUAGACGUAGUAUGAGUGUAUGCUUCCGGUCUUUGGUAUAGCCUGAAUUUGAUCAUAAGGGAAAGCAAGAAGAGAACCCUUGCGAUCGAAUUCAGGUUAUCACAAAUGCCGGAACCAUUCAGUGGGGUCUUGUUUAUUCCGCUUUUAUAGUAGGAAAAGCGGGGAUCGAGGAGAUGCUCCCCUACCUGGAGAAUGGGGAUUUCUGCUACGACUUCUAAUCUACGUGAGAUAUGGCAUCUCACCUGUGACAGUCAAAUUCGUGGAGGAUCGGGUGCCCUUCUUCACCUUCUUCGUCCAGACGUUGGCGAUCGUAGGUGGUCUCUUCACGGUUGCAGGUCUGCUGGAGUCCGCGCUUCACAGAGGCAUACAGACCGUACAGAGGAAGCUGGAAUUGGGAAAACUCACUUGAAGAUGAUGCUGAGCCUUCAACACUGAGGAGAUACGCAAACGAGGAUUGAUGAUGAUGACAGUUUCUUGUAAUGUUUCUGUUUGUGAGUUUGAGUUACUUCCUUCACACAGACAUUGUAGGGAAUCUUCGAAGAAGAUCAGAGUUGGAAUGGGCUUUUCACAAGCAGGGUUGAGCUUUAUUUUGGUUAGACAACAAGAUUCAUUCUUGGGGAAAUUAUGGGAAGACAGAUGAUAUUGCGACUACUGAACGACGCAACGCCAACGCAAAACAACGCAAGAAAAUGAAUGUGAAAUUAUAUACUUAGUACAGAACACUCCAU